GGCUUAUGCCAGCCGACAUUAAAAACAGUGGGUGCCGAAAGAAGAACACAGUAUAAACAACGGGAGGGUGGUCUCCUCCAUCGGAUUUUUGUUUGCUUAAUCAGGGUUUCUUUCCAUACCAAUCGCACCUCUUUCUCUUAAGAUCAGAUUACAAAUCGAGAAGGCAAGCUAAUCGAGGAUGGGUUCGGAGCAGAACGAGGGUACAAGCUUUCCACCAUCAGAACCAAAACUUUGCGUCAACGGCUGUGGCUUCUUCGGCAGUCCUUCCAACAUGAAUCUUUGCUCCAAGUGCUAUCGCGAUCUUCGUGCCGAGGAGGAACGGGAGGCUUCUGCUAUAGCUGCUGUGGAGAAAUCCUUUAGUUUCAAAGCGAAACAACCGGCUGAGGUUGAUGCUAUCCCCUUUGUGUCUGUUGAGCCGGCAGAACCUGUGCCUGUGCCGGCGGUGGUUUCUUCUAAAUCUUCAUCAUCUGGUGGUGAUCAUGCCCCGUCCAAGGGGCCUACAAGGUGCGUUAGUUGCAACAAGAAGGUUGGACUGACGGGUUUCAAGUGCAAGUGUGGGAGUACUUACUGCGGGAUGCAUCGUUACCCUGAGCAGCACGAGUGCACCUUUGAUUUCAAGACUUCUGGCCGCGAUGCGAUUGCAAAGGCAAAUCCUUUGGUUAAGGCUGACAAAGUUGAGAGGUUCUGAUCGAAUCUGAAUUUCUGGGUAAAAUUUGGUAUUUCUCAAGGAUCUUGCUUUGUUGGUUUGAGUUUCUAUCUGGUCAGUAGUAAGUGAGGCAAGAAGGGGUCUUUGGUGGUCUUUUGGUUCUGUUUUGUGGGGGUGGGUUAGUAGUGAUCAAUGUUGGGGGUGGAUUGUGGAAGCGAAACGCUUAAUUUUUAAUUGCUGUGCGUUUUUAAUGCCUUUGGCUUUCUUCUGCUUGAUAAGAAGCUUCGCGAUAUUUAUCUUUAUCUUCUCGUCCUCUAUUUGUAUGUUCUCUGUUUCACUCGGUUUAUGCAAUUGUUAUCAUUAUCUA